AUGCGCCCUACUACAGACCUUGUGAAGGACUCAAAACUCAAAACAGAGUAUCGAGAUGGCAUUACGCAACAUACGAUUUUAACAUCAGACCGUCGUAACGGUCACAGAAAGAUCAAAAGAGAGCAACGAUGGCAGCGCGUUGGCGGUAUUCUAGGCGAGGGCGCUUUUGGCACUGUCUGGAAAGAGGUGCUCGUCGGAGGCCAAGAAAGUGACGUUAAAGACCGAGCUGUGAAAAGGAUUCGAAAGCGCACUGGGACCUCCACUUUCGUGGACUAUAGUCGAGAGCUUGAGACUAUCGCUAAGUUCUCACGUGGUAAGUACAAAUCUUUUUUCGUGGAGAGCUACGGAUGGUUCGAAUCUCGAGAUCAUGUGUUCAUUACCAUGGAAUACUUUGAACAUGGUGAUCUGCAAGAAUACAUGAACACAGCAGGGAGAAUGUCUGAAGAUGAUGCCCGUUCGAUAACAUACCAAAUACUAGAGGGCCUGUACCAGAUGCAUGACAAUGGAUUCGCUCAUCGCGAUCUAAAGCCCUCCAAUGUGCUAGUACGACGAACCAAGGAUCAUGAAGAAGGCUGGUGGGUGAAGAUCGGCGACUUUGGCAUAUCCAAAAGAGCGGAGGAAGGAAUGACUGCCUUGCGAACAAUCGCUGGCACUGAAGGGUUCUUGGCUCCAGAGGUUCUUCUAAAGAAAGGAUCAUUGUUCCUCGAGGAAGCCGCAAUUUCAAAAAUGCUGAUGAACGAGCGCGAGUACACGUUUGCAGUCGACAUCUGGGCUCUUGGAGAAAUCGCAUGCAGAAUGAUGUGUGGAUCUCAGCCAUUCCUUACGGACCUUGCCGCUUAUGCAAACGCAAGAUCAGAAUUUCCGACAAGCAAAUUGCAGGAUUCAAUGAUGACCGCUAAAGGUAUUCAACUCGUUCAAGGACUGAUGAAGCCCUUUCCACGAGAUCGGUUGACGGCCUCCGAUGCUCUAGCUCACGUCUGGUUUGAUGAAUUUCGAGAUGGCUCCUCCCAAUCUUCUGGUGAACUCGAAAGUGUUGUUGAGAACUAUGAGAUACUGUCAGACUUGAAUUCCCCUACGUUUCGUGUUGGGACGUCUGGAACUUCUAUUGUCGAUGCCUCAGAGUCGGUCCCUUGGACAGAUCUUGAUGUGACGCUUACCCUACGACCAACAGGGGGCAAGCCUUUCCCGUUUCAUACCGGCAGUACGUCACCAUUGAAUGAGCAAAUCGACCGCGAGACUGCAACGGAUAUGGACUCCAUCCAAGCAAUCGACAAAAAAGAGACGCCAAGCUCUGAUGAAGCCUUCAUUAUCAUUGUCGGCCUGCCAAGUGACGAUGAGCAGAAUAUUACUCCUGAGAUACAGCCUGCCAUACUUUCCCCACAAAGCGCCACCCAACCCGAAGCAGCCAAUAUACCGUCCGCAAAGCUAGAGCCGGAGCCGAAAUCGGCUUGCGUGGAUGACGAGCAAGCGUUGCCUGCGACACAAAAGACAGGUGACAGGGUGAACGUGACACCAGACCCUGGAAUUGAGCUUUCUGCAGCACUUUUUCGAGUGCCAUGGUACCCUCCCAGCUCUGCCUACCCAACGACUCCAUUCUCGUCAGGCGAAAUCACCGCCACAACACUACUGCCUGGCAUGGGCGCGAAUGCUAAUGAGGAGCAACCUGAAGUUGGGACACAUCAUCGAGGCUUGCUUGGUCGCUCUGCCUCGGAGCGGAAGGAAAAGACACCCUAUAUCGCACUCCCGUAUCCGCGAGGCAAGUCAGAAGAACGGAAGAAAAAGACACCCUAUAUCGCACUCCCGUAUCCGCGCGGAAAGUCAGAAGAACGGAAGGAAAGAACCUUUCAUAUCGCACUCCCAUAUCCGCGAGACAAGUCAGAAGACUGGUCUGAUCGAUCUGGCUCGGAGCACCUGGAAGAGCCAUCAUAUGCCAGACUCCCGUAUCCGCUAGACGACUCCGGAGAUCUAUGCAUGCCGAGCAUGCCGAGUCCACAGCUGGAUGUACCACUUCACGAGCGGACACGAAUGAGAGCUGAAUAUAAUCGCAGGGUUGAGAACGGAGUCUAUGAGACAGAGCCAAGAAAGGCAGCAACGAAAUUGAGAAGAGACGCCGAAGAGAGGCGAGCAGGAACAUCGCCACUACGACAGGAUAGGCCGACAAGAAAAUCCAACCAGGGGAGAGUAAGUUCCCAUACCAAGCAACAAAAUGAAAUUUCCCGAACGUCGAGAUUCUUGCAAGCAGCAAGAUUAUUCUCUUCAUCAGACCCGAAGAAAAAGAAAAGGGGUCAGAAGGAUGCCACUAUCGUCGUCCGCUCCAAGCAUCGUAAUACGCCGCGACCUCCCAUUAGCAAGAGUGUCAAGAAACCCGAGGCUUACGAAGCAAAUGCCCUUGGAGAACCUGAGGCGCUUGGGAAGGACGCAUGGAAGGACGAACGGACAGUUUCAUCGUUGGGUAAGACGACGGACAAGGACGAAUGGGCGAUUCCAUCACAAGGGAGGAUGACGGACAGGAACAAAAAUGACCCUCUCGAUCUUAUCAACGAGGUCACUCCUGAUCGAUCCCAGGACCAGAAGGCGUCCGACCAUGAACAUUCGCUUGAUGAGUCCAUGAGAGACCCUAGGGAUAUGCUGGCGAGGUUGGCCAUCCCAUAUGAUACGGCGGCCAAGCCCAGGGUCAGCUCUUUUCGACGCCGCAGAUCUUCUUCUUCUUCUUCAAGUCGAGUAAGGCUUUCUAGCGAUUCUGAACAACAAGACAUAAGUGGACCUGUAGCCUCACAGUCGCCGAAUGGGGUCUUCCAUCUCACGCUCACACAUCUAAUGUGA